GUAAAAGGGUAAAUAGUUCAUCCAGCUGUGGAAUCCCUGGAGGUACCUAAUGGGGACGGUCAUGGAGGGAGCUGAAAGGGAGGCCAGUAAACCUGCGGCUCCUUUAAGACCUGGUCAGUCAGGGCUGCACAUGUUGUAGCACAGGAUCAGGAAUCUUGAUUUUUAAAUGAGAGCCCCUUAAAAGGUACUUCCCUUGGCCAUGAAUAUAAUGGAAAAUUUUUCUCUUAUUUUUUUUAUUUCAGCUUGUUUUUUUUGGAUGUAGUUUGUAGAUUUCCUUUCACAGAAACUUUCCUUCUGGUGUUUUUGUAUGGCUUUUCGGUAUGGCAGCAGCACUGAACAGAAACAAGAAUAUUACUCCCUUUUCUCCCCUCCUUCUUCCUUGCACCACUAAAAAAAUACUCUUUCCAUUUGGAGUAAAGAUUUUAUUUUAGCAUUGGAAUUCUCUUUGGGCUGUCUGGGUGCUUUUCGUGGACCUUCACAGUAGCUUUCCUUGAAAUGUUUCCAAACCCAGUCUUACACUGAAACACUAUAAUGGCAAGGAAAUAAAGAGUUAGCCUUACUCAUAGUAGGAGUAUGUGCAGAAAGGGCAGGCUUUAUCUAAACCAAAAUGAAACCAGACUUCUAUCACAACAUUUAUUUAAAAAAAAAAAAAAAAGUGGCUAUUUUAAAUCCAUAUAGAGAGGAAAAAUAGAUGAAGAAAAAAGAAAACGUGACUUUGGUAAAAGUAUAGGGUAUAAGUUGAUUUUUAAAAAAAGCAGCAAAGGGCAGUGUAACUAAGAUUCCAUUACAGCUGGGGAAUUAGCCCAGUGUGUGUGUGUGUAUCUGUGGAAAUCCCAGCCUAAAAAAGUGCUUAAGGACUAGUACGUCUGGUUUUGAGUGAGGCUGUUGAGAUCACAGAGAUAAGAGAAACUAUUUGUUCUCUUGGAAACUGGUGCCAUUCUGUGAAUUGAAGUGGAAUAGGCGAUAGGUAAUCUAGACUCCCCUUGGACUGAAUGACUCUGUCUCGAACUAAGGACUAAAUCCGUUAAGAAUUAGGACAUUAUAUUGCAAACUCCUUCACUGGUGGUGACAAUAGCUAAGACGGCACAGAGACUGCAAAUCUUAAAAAAAAUUCAGGUUUUAGCAAAGCAAUUUGCUGUCUCAUCUGACAAUAUGAGGAGAAAAAAAGCUUCGUCCUCGUUAGUGUCUAAGAAAAUAGAAAAGGACAAAAAUGAAAAACAGUGCAAUGUGCAAGGCAAACAUGCAGAACAGUCAAACCUGUACAUAUGCUUUUUGUGUCCUUCUAUGCAGGAAGCCUGUCAGAAGCGUAUGGGUCAGCAGGCGGUUAAGGUGCGAGAAGAACUGAAAUGUUACAAGAUUGUGACAGAGGAGCUAAAUGAGUGCUUUACUGUGCGGGAGGUUAGACAGAUUUGAAUACCAGGGCCCUUGCUGCAGGACGCUUGAAGGUUGGUCCCAAAGUAAGGCAGCUGUCGAGGUUCUUCCCUCAGCUCCAUGGGAGGGUACUUCACAGGACUCUGCUCUUCUGGACGCGGUGACUUCUUGCCAGGCACCAGGAAAGGACUCAGCACCCGGAAUUGGGAAAGCCCUCCGUAGCUUUGGAUAAAGCCCGCUUUGGCAUUUUUACCCCGUCAGGACAUGGCUACUGUCACUGCAUCUGCAAUGUGGCCAAGGGUGGAGUGAGGACGGCACGCUGGCCAUGGUGUGUGGGCACAGCCCCAGGUGCCGCAGGCUUUGUCGCCCUCGCCCCUUCCUCCUGGCCCUGGUGGUGGCCAUCUGCCUGUUCUGCCAGACCCUGACUCCCCUCAUGACCAACAGCUUCCUUUCGGCAGUUGUUAAUGGGGUCUCACCAAACAAACAGAGUAAAACACAGCAAGGAAGAUACAAGGAGGUCUCAGCCAGUGACACACGCUGCUUCUUCUCCGUCAGUGAUUCACACACAUUGAAAAAGAUUGAAGACACUAUUCUCCAGUACUUCGGAAGCCAUACGAGAAGAGCAAUUCUGUAUGCACCUCCUGCCCACAGUAAAACUGAGCAUCAGCUCUAUCAGCGCAUCCUGGCAAAGCAUGGAUAUGCAGUCACAGUCCUUGAAAGCAGGACACUGAUGGAAGAUCUGAGACAUGAGGGCCCUUAUCACAGUAGCAUAAGCCCUUGGGAUCUUCUGAUCUGCUUAUCUUCCACAAAAAAUGAUGGUACUAGCUGCAUUCAGAGAGAUGACUUGCAUCACCUGGAGUUAUUCCAGAAGGUAAACCUACUUCCAGAAAUUCAGCAUUUCCUUUGCAGUAAAGAGGGAUUGUGCCAGAUAACAAAAGCCUUUUCAGACCUGCAGCUCUCAAUUGCCACUCCAGAGUGCUCCAGUUGGCAUGGGCUGUUGAGGGACAGCACUGCAAGCAACAUCACCCACAGUGGCAAAAACAACGACAGGACACACAUUGCCCAUCUGCAGUACUUAUGGAGCCAAACCAAUGGAGCACAGCUGAAUCAAGUGUCAGCUUCAUCAGACCACAAGGAUAUCCUUAAAGCUCAAGACCUUUCUGUCAUCAUAAAAGCAUAUGUGCUAGUCACAUCCUUAACACCUUUGAGGGCAUUUCUUCAUUCAGCUGCUACUGUCUGGCAUCCACCCAAGAAGAAGCACUUUUCUGUAAAGCUGCAAAGGUUUUUUGAGAUGUUCUUCAAAAGCAGUUCUCCCCAGCAAGCUUUUAACAACAUGAAAGAAGCUAUAAGCAAACUUCUACUUAUAACUGAGGUCCUCAGUGAAUCAUCUGUCUCAGGACCAGGCUCUUUCAAUCAGUGCAGCCAAUGUUUUCAAAUGCUAACCUUUGACAUUGGGUUCAGUACCUCCAUACACCCCGUAGUUCUUGAGGUGCAUAAAAAUUUUGACUUUCAAGAUGAGGAGGAAUCAAAUAUUCAGGACCAAACUUUCAAAGAAGUUAUUUUUGAAGAUACUUUUAAAUUUCUCUUGUCUAAUAAGUCCUCAAGUUCCAGUUUCAUAGAAGCUUUACAAAACAUAUAUGGAUCAACUGUGAGCAAGGAUGGAAUAUUCCACAAAGACAAUGGACAAUGUUUGUCUUUAGAAGAGAUAAAUUCAAUGAUUACAUUUGUAAAAGAAGUGAAGAAUCUUGGACAAUUUGAGCUGCUUUACCCUUCUGCUGCACCCAAGAUCCAAACUUUACUGCACGACCUUUAUCACAUGGUAGACCCAAUGAGACGGCUUGGUUCAGUCCUGACUGUACAUUGGUUGCUUUCCAGUUUACUUGAACAAUUCCGGUUCAUGACGAAAGAGGCCCAUACAGAUCAUUCAGAAUGGAGAAGCAAGAAGAGUUCUAGAAACUCAUCUCCAACUGCACUGAAAUGGUUACAGCCUAGGAAUUCUUCUCAAGAAAAUGUGAUUCCUAAGCAGAACUUUCGUUUUCACUUGAGGAAGAAUCAUGAAGCAUUGCAUUAUUCCAGUAAGGCUAAAGAAAUUCAAUGCAAUUAUGAUAAAGAUACCCUAUCUCAUAUCAGGCAGAUCUUCACCAGUCCACAGCUGGACUUGAAUCCUCAGUUUAACCCCAAGAUAAAGGAAUACUAUGCAGAAGUCCCAUUUGACGUGGUGACAGUGAAGAUUGGAGCAGAACCUUCGAACUGUCGGUGCCAAGUCCACCUUGAUGAGAUGAAAGGACCGAGCAUUGCUAACUACCCUCUUGGCCUUGGAUUGAACAAAGUUGUUGUUCUUGUAACAGAUGAUUCGCAGCCCAGUCCUCAGGUUGUGAGCAGCUAUAAAAUCAAAAUUUAUCGAGAGGACCGCCCCAGUCUGCCUUUGUUUGAUGACUAUAUGAUAUGUGGUUUUGUGCAGGACUGCGGUUCUCAAAUUCAUCCAGAGGAGUCCUGUGGCUUGCAGCCUCUGUCUCCUGAGUACCUCUCUGCAAUUUCACAGACAGUGCUGAAGACCUGCGAAGCUGGAGACGCAAAAGGGCAGUGGAUUGUCCCUUGCCUCAGCUGCUCUGACAACAGAACCUGUGACUGGAGAGAAAUAAUGUGGCAGCCCCACAGCUGCCAAUAUUCUGUGCUCGAUAAGCCCGAGCUCCAGCAGUGUGUGGAGGGCAGAAAGAUUCUUUUUAUAGGUGACUCAACUAACAGAGGGAUGAUGUACUAUCUGAUAGAAAGAGUGAAUGAGACUCUUCAGGAAUGGCAAAAGACUCAUGAUGUUAAAUGUUAUGAUAAUAUCAAUGAGGGAAAAACAUUUAUCAGUUACUCCUACUAUCCCCAGUUUUGGAUGACUGCAAACCAGAGACCAACUUUUGAAAAAGCGCUAGAACAACUGCUGCAGAGAUCACGUCCCCUGGAGAACACAGACCAGACCGUACUAAUUGUAGGUGGCGUUCAGUGGCUUAAUUCCAAUCACCUGCAAAUUAUCCGAAAGGUGUUGAACAGGGAAAAUCUAUCAAAUAUCCUGGUAAUUAUCAAAUCCAUAGGGAUGGGCUUUCACCUCCCAGUGGACGGAAUACAUUCCUUAUCACAGGCAGAAGUACAAAACUUAUGGAAUGAAAACUUGGUUAUCCUGGAGACGGCAAAAACUUAUGGCUAUGAAGUUGUUGACACAUUUAUCAUCACAAUGGGACGAUACAAAGAAUUCCUGCGUGGGAAGUGCGGGUGUCAUUUCCAUGAGGUGGUGAAAUCCAACCCUUCUGAAGAAAGUCCACACAUAACAAUGACGUUAUCAAGGCACUAUACACUGGGGAAGUAUUUCAGCAGUCAAAGCAAGCUAUCACAACUGCAGGACUAUGCAUCAAAUUCUCAGUCCCCAUAUCAUGUCCGAGGUCCAAUAAAUCAAGUUUAUUCUGAAAUCCUUCUGAACAGGCUCUGUGCAAGUAAGAGGGGGCUUGUCAGCACGUAGCCUCUCCUGGAUGUAGCACUGGGAUGAGAGAUAUGCCACUACUUGAGUGACAAUAGAAGGACCAUGCUGAAUUGAUGACACGCUUCCUUGAUUGGCUGCACAUGUAUCAACAGAGUUUGAAACACGUGGCAUUUUUCCGAACGUGUUAUGAAAUCAAGGCACAACAUUGGAGUUUUGUGGUUUCGGAAUGGAAGAUGGAGGGAUGCAGAGAGAGAGCAGAGGGGAAGUUACUUGAACUGCUGCCAAAUGCUAGAACAGCUGUAGCUCAAGCAACUGUUUAUUAAUGAUAGUAAAGAGAGAGAAAUAUAUACACUUGAACAAUUUGGAAAGGACUGCUUUAGCUCUUCCGCGCUAUCUAAUUUUCUAUUUAUAGAGACACUGUAAUAUUUGAAUGUAUUUAGAAACUGGUUACAUUCCAUUUUAAAGAGUUUUAUUUUAUGUGGAUGGGAUCCCCUUCAAUAUCAAACCUUUUCUAUUUAGACACUUGGUUUAUAGAAUUUGACAGUGUCCUUUUGAACUAUAGUGUUUUUCCUGGAAACACUUCCCUUCUUUGUAUCUUAUAUACAACAGAUGUCUGCUCUAUUUUUUGCAUUUUCUAAAGUUAAUACAGAAACAGAUUUCUUAGACUUGAGACUGACUGUAAUUGUCUCAACGUAACAUGUAAAUUCAAUGAAUAUGUUAACAGACUUAAUUAAGGUCACAGUUUAGAAGAACAGCCAUAUACAGGAAGGCUGCCCUUUGUCACCUCCCAUUGCAGAAGGCAGGCCACAUCAUAACACAGAAAGGCUGCAUCAUCCUCAUCAGCUCUGUGGCUGUAGUUAACUCUGACUAGAUGACCAUAAACAGAUACUUCAAAAAACAUCUGAUCAAACCAGGUCCUGAUAUGUUUUGGCACAACAACAAAUGACUUAAGAGAAAGCAGUAUUGUUUUUUUUGUAUGAAUUAAAAGCAUCAAGAACACAUGAAAAGUAAGGAAAAAAAAAUCAAGUACACAGUAGAGAGGGCAGUCAGAACCAGGUAAGUAUGAGUCUAAUAAAGGAUCCACUGAGUUCUCUGGCUUGAUUCCCCCUUCACAAAUGUAUAUAUAACCCUCCACUUGCUUCCGCUCUCUUUGGAAAAGGAAGCCACAAGCGAUGUCAGUGAAGAUACAAAUUACAGCACAAAACUAACUACUAUCUUUUUGGCUUUUGUAGCAAAGAGGGGCUGCCAUGUAUAGAAAUAGGACUAGAAAUUAAUUACACCAGAUUUAGAGUUCACCUACAAGAUCCUUAAACACAGUCUGUGUCACCAGCUACAGUAUUGUGAAUUCUUGCUCCUUCAGAUAGGAUAUGUGAAGGCAUGCAAUUUGGAGUCCUGUUCUCCUAGAUGGUCAGAAGAUUCUCAAAAAGAGGAUUUGGUACCUGUGAUCUAGGAGACCUCCCACUAUGUUAACAAAGCUUCUAGCUUAGGCAAUGACAUUACAGUUAGUGAGACAGUGCGAAUACAUAUAUAUGUGUGUUUCUCUAUAAUAUGUUGCUGCUGUGCUUACAGCAAAUAUCCCUGAAUUUCUACAUAAGGCUUUUUCCUGACAUGGACCUUUAUAUGAAAGAAAGGAUCAGGAGCUGUACAUAAAUACUGCAAAUGUCAGUAUUUGGUUUUGAGCAAUGUGAUUAUCUAAGUACCCGUUAUGUAUGACAUAAGAUAAUAAACUUGGGUUUGGAACUCUGCACAAGCAAGAAAAUUGCACAAGCUUUAAGUCAAGGGCUUUCAUAUCAAGCCAUUAAUAUCAGUUGAUGCAAAAUGCAGCCAGAUAUAAUUGGCAUUGAGAUGAUCAAUGAUAGGAGUAUGACAGUUCUGCUUCUGUUUAGAUUUUCUUUGCUCAUUUAAAUCCACAUGCUGUGGCCGUUAUUGUUAUGUACACAAAUGUUUUUAAGGCAUGACCUGUGUUUAUGUGUUUGUUUGGUUUGUUUUUAAUCAAAGACUAUGGCUGAAGCAUCAGCUACAGUGAGAACAAGAGCUGACUUUGUCAUACUGUAACUGAUAUUGGCGAAUGUGCAAUUCAUCACUUCCAGAUUCACCACCAAAUGGUUUACAUGUGCUGUACACACAGAUGUCUUAAUGCUUUCCAAAUCUUAAUAUUUUUCAAAUGUAGCAAGUUGAAAUUCUUCUGUAUGUUUGCUAUUUUUUACAUAUCUAUGUACGUAUUUACGUGUGUACAAAUUUAUUGUUACAAUCUGCAAACCAAUGUUUAUUUAAACGAGUUCUUUGAAUAUAUUUUUUUAUCACUGCAUAUGAGCCAUGUAAUCUUAGGAAUAAACAAAGGGAACG